AUGGUGUCGUCUUCGUCUGCUGCGUUGAGCGUGGAAGCCCCAGCGAUGAACGAGAAGUUUUCGGCCUUCGACUCUCGAGACGACCUCAAGUCCAGACGCUGGCUGCGACCUCGUGAGGCGCUACUUGCGCUGCAAUACUCCAGCUUCUGGUCCCACCGGUGGCUCGGCUGGGCCUUCGUCUACACGGCAGUGCUGCUCUUCUUCUUCAUCUACCGCUGCGUGGGGCUCUCGGCGCUCAUCGGGAUGUACGGCACCGACAAUGACAAGACCCUUGGAGUCGAACUGGGAGCGCUCGGUCUGGGGAUGUUCGAAGACUUGAUCUGUGCCACGUACCUCGUCAUUGCGCUCUGGUUCAUCGACUUCGUGCUGCUUCAAGCACUCGGCACCUCGUCCGACAGCAUGACGGUGCAGAUCUUCAUCAAGUGGAAGCGCCAGCGCGUCAUCCGCCGAGUCGUGACGUUCUCCACGUCGUGGCUGCUGUUCGUGGCGACUGCAGCUCCAUUCGUGGCGGAUAUUCUACUGGCGCGACUGCGCAGCAUGCGCUUCACCUUCGAGAUCGUGGCCAUGGCCAUUGCCGACAGCGACAUGGUCGGCAGUGUGGUCAUCUCCCAGUCGGAGUUCAACGAGGCUUACUUGACGGGGGCGGUGCUGAUUCUGGUUGCGACGCUCUUCGCCUCCGUUCGCACGUGGACGUCGUGGGCGGACCUCAUGCGCUGGAACCCGACUCACGCACUAUUUCGGGUUCUGGACAACGUCCGUAGUCGCUUCAAACGAGAGGACGAGGAGCUGUGGACGCCCAAGGAGGAGCUGAGGCACGAUUCUUCUUCGUCCUCCUCGUCUUCUUCUUAUAACGACAGCUACGACGACGUGAACGAGUUGCUGCUGGAGAACGGCAAAGCCGUGACGUACGCCAACACCGUCACACCAAAGCGACUGAGCAGUAGCGUCGGUGGGGGGGUGUCGCUGGACGAACUGAUUCAAUCGUCUUCGUCGUCUUCGUCUUCCUCCAGCGAUCACGAGACGAUGCACGAGCGCACUGUUCAUUGGCUCCAGAGCGUUGACUGGUUACUCCUCGUACUGCAGCUCGCUGUGGCGCUGUUCGCCAUCGUCUUCCUGCCCAUGGUCGUGCUGGCCAUCAGCCAGGCGUCGUCACCUCUGGUGGCCAAUGUGGCGAUGGAUUCGACACUCAACGAGCUCUUCACUCGCGCUCUGAAGGUCACCGAGGUCGGAUUCGUGCCUCUAGUCGCCGAUGGGAGCAUCAAGAACGCCUCCGUGUACAUCCACAGCACGGAAGACUACACCUUGUCAGGUGAGGACUCACUCUACCGUCGGACGCACGGAUUCAGCGGAGACUUGGCGUUCAACGUGAGCGUGAACGACAGCAACCCGCCCAAUGUGGUCGUCAUCGCGGUGGAGUCCUUCCGAUUCCACGACUCGCACUACCUGGUGGGGGAGCAAGACCCGUCCAACCUCUUCAAGGGCUGGAACGGGACGGUCGUGCCCAACUUCGACAAGUGGGCGCGGCGCGGCGUGGCGUUCCCGAACCUCUGGUCCAGCUGGAAGACCAGUCGCUUGCUGGCGAGUUUGCUCUUCGCGCAGAUCCCGUACGACUCGGUGCAGACGACGGACACAGCGGGGGCCAGGGCGGACGUGCAGCUCGCUGGGAUGCCGCAGCUCUUCAAGCAGAAAGGGUACGAGACGUUCUUCACGACGGGCACGUGGACGGGAUACGACGACUGGAAGGAGUUCCUCCCCGCUCACGGCUUUGAUACGCUCUGGGACCAAGACAAGAUGAUAGAACUUGGUGAGAGCGACUUGGGCAUCUCAUCUGAUGACUGGUUGGGAGCUGCUAAGCGGAAGUUCCAGUGGGGCGUGCACGACGACGUGAGCUUCGAGAUCCUGGGCAACCUGCUGAUCAACAAGACCAGGGACCAGGCCGCGACAGGUGAGGAGGACAAGCAACCGCUGUUCCUGACGCACUACACCAUCUCGAGCCACGUAGACUACACGAACCGCCCCACGUGGUACGCCGAGGCCGACAAACCCGACUUCUCAGCACUCUACGAGGGCGAAGCGUACGCCGACAACAUCAAAAACUACCUCGAGAUGAGGUACUUCACCGACAUGGAGCUCGGUAAAUUCCUGGACCGGAUGGAAGACGCUGGUGUGCUCAACGAUACCAUCGUCCUCAUCGUCGGAGACCACGGACAAGCCCCUGAGUUCGGUAACGACACACCCGAGCAGCGCGACGUAUCCUGCACCCGUGUGGCUGGUGCGUUGAUAGCGGAAGGCCGACUUGGCAGCUACGUCGGACUGAGGAUUGAGGACGCGGCCGAGCAGUACGACAUGCUCAACACGUUGGCCGACAUCACGGGCGUCCCUAGUGGAGGAUUCGUGCAGGACGGCGUCGGUCAGUCCCUCAAGCGCAACGUCACCUUCGGGGAGCGCGUGGUGUACAGCAACAACCCAGCCGUCAAGAACGCCAUUGUGCGGGGUCACGAGCGGCUACGGUACGACCGAAGUACCAGCUCCGUGCUACUGCACAACGCCUACAGCGACCACGACAUGACGCACGACCUCUUCCCUGCCCUCCCCACUGAGGAGAAGAACCAGUGGCGCGCUUGGCGAGACCAGGGGCGGGAAGUCACCGCCUACUUCAAGAAGCGCUGGGAGGGCAAGUGUCAGCUCGCUGCUACAUGUUGA